AUGGAGAAGGUGAACAUCGAGCCAUGUGUGAAGAUGGACACCCAAACCCUUGAUCUUCUCAAGAUAAGAGAUGAUGUCACAUGGUACAUAAGGAAGCUAGGCUUGAGCAAGCUCUUCAAGCUAGAAUGUAGUGAGUACUCACAACUCACCAAGGAGUUCCUCUCCACAGUAGCUCUUGCCUUUCCCAACCACAAUGGAGACCAACCAGCUGGUGAUGGACUCCUACUCUUCAAGAUAGGCGAUGCCAAUGGGCGCAUCUCCAUCUCAGCUCUAUGCCAACUCUUUGGACUUCCCAAUGAGACAGCACAUGACUUCAAGGAGAACUCAAAGAGGAAACAAGCUGCCUUUGCUGAUUGGACACACUUUGCCAAUGAACCAUUCUUGCCUUCAAGGUCAAAGGUGUCUAGAAUCACUCAUCCAGCCAUUCGCUAUGUGCACCGCCUCAUCUCCACCACUUUCCAAUGCAAACAAGAAGCCAACAAGGUCACAACUGAUGAGUUCUACAUCCUCACCACACCAUUCAUCAAGCAUGAGUACAAGGCCAACCUUGGACUUUUACUUGCCAAGACAUUCAUCAAUGUGAGGAAGCUAGCUCAAAGACUUGGAAGGCAACAAGAAGCUUUGUGUUCGUUUUGGGAGGCUUAUCACGGCCAUAGUACUGCAUGUGGGGAUUGA